AAGUGGCCGAGUUUGGGUGGCUGUGGGAGGCCAGUGCCCACCUGUUCACACGUCAUCUGCUGGGGAUACUUGGGGACAUCCACGACCUCCUCUUGAGUCCCUAUGGUGGCCGUGGUGGCCCUGGUGGCCCCAGUAGCCGCAUGGUGGCCAAGCGGUGCCAAAAAGCCAUUGAGGACAUUCCAAGGCUGCUGCAGGGACAGUGAUGUCACCGCUGGGAUGUCAUAGGGGCAGUGACGUCACUGGGGAGACUUGUGGACACUUGAGUGUCACCAGUGCCUCAUGUCACCAAGAACCCCUUGUGUGCCACCAGCUCCUCGUGUCACCGGGGCCUCGUACAAGAGAAAUUGGGGGGGGUCGUUGUGCCACCAAGAGCCCCCCGAGUGUCACCAGGACUGGCCCAGCCCCUGUGUGCGGGUCCCUGGUGUUACCGGGGUCUCUCUCUGUGUCACACACUGCCCUUGGGCACCCACCGGGGCUCUCGAGCACCGGGACCCCUCCCGGGCACUGGGACCCCCAAAUUUCACUGUCCUUGUGCACGGAGACCCCCUUCAGGACCCCCCCUCAGGCAUCAGGACCCUCAAGUUUCCUCUCCCCUCUCCUUGGUCACCAGCACCACCAGACACCCCCCCGAAAUCACCAAGCACCGGGACCCCCCCUGCAUUGACCCCCCUCACCACGCACCAGGACAGGGACUGGGCCCCCCCUUGUGCACCAACUCCCCCCGAGCACUGGGCCCGGACCCCCCUUUGUGCCCCCCACCCAUCACGGGGGUCCCGCCCCCUCCCCUUUGACCCCCCCGGAGCCACAGGACACCCCUGGAACAGCGCCCGGGACUGGGGGGGGCCCCGAGCGCUGGGGGGGCACAGGGGGGUCGCCAGCACCGGGGGGGACCCUUUGGGCUCAGUCCUGUUCCCCCCCCAGUGUCACCAGGGACACCGCCGCCCCCCGCUUCACCAACCCCCCAAAGCGCUGGGACCGCCAGGACCCCCCACUCACCACCCCCCCAAUCACCAGGACCCCCCAAUCCAUGAGACCCCCCCACACUCACCAGGCCCCCCCCCCACUCACCACGCUCCCCCCUCGGCACCCCCGGGCCCCCCCCCAUUGUUUGAAACCCCCCAAAACGCCCCCAGCCCUUCUCCCCUCAGCCCCCCCACCCCGAGCCCGUGGCCGGCGUUGGGGCCGAAUUGGCUCCACCCCCCGGGCCGGGCUGGCUCCACCCCCCGGGCCGGAUUGACUCCACCCCCGGCCCGGGCUGGCUCCACCCCCCGGGCCGGAUUGGCUCCACCCCCCGGAACCCUCCCGGGGCCUUUCAACAAACGCCGAUCAAUCUUUAGCCACGCCCACAGAGGGGCGGUGCCCCGCGGGGCGGCCAAUGGGCAAUGGCAGAGAGGGGAGGGGGCGGGAAUUGGAAAGGGUUAGGAAUGGGAGCAUGGGAGAGACUUUCCACUGCCCCGACCAGUAUAGACCAGUCCAGACCAGUUCAGACCAGUAUGGACCAGUGUAGAGCAGCAUGGGCAGCAGGGGAUGCAGGGAACCAGUACAGACCAGUUCAGACCAGUAUGGAGCCCGACCGACCAGUAGAGACCUUUCACUGCCCUGGGAUGGGGACACUGGGAUGGAACUGGUGACACUGGGACAGGGUGGGGGACACUGGGGUGAAACUGGUGACACUGGGAUUGAACUGGGGACAAUGGGCUGGUGACAAUGGAGUCGGGACACUGGAGUGAAACUGGUGACACUGGGGUAGUGACACUGGUAUGGGGAAAAUGGGGUGGUGGCACUCAGGUGGUGACAGUGGGACAGAACUCAUGGCACUGGGUUGGUGACACUGGGAUGGAACUGGUCACAUUGGGCUGGUGGCACUGGGGCAGCCCUGGGGACACUAGGGUUGUGACAGUAGGAUAGAACUGGUGGCACUGGGCUGGAAUUGGGGACAGUGGGAGGGCACUGGUGACACUGGGACGGGGAUAGUGGGACAGGACUGGGGACACCGGGAGGAGACACGGGGAUGGGGACAUCAGGAAGGGACAGGGGACACUGUGGGGAAUACUGGGACAGGGUGGGUGAGACUGGGGUGAAACUGGGUACAUUGGGCUGGUGCCAUGGGUGGCACUGGCAUGGUGACAUAGGUAUGGGGACAAUGGGGUGGUGGCACUGGGACAGGACUUAGGACACUGGGCUGGGACUGGGUUGGUGACAUUGGGCUGGUGGCAUUGGGUUGGUGACACCGGGAUGGAACUGGUGGCACUGCUGUAUCCCCGGUGCCACCUGUCCGGUGUCCCCGUGUCCCCGCAGUGUCCUCGGCUGGGCCCGCACCGCCCUGGCGCUGGGGGGCGGGGCCGGGCCGGUGACAUCGACUCUUCCUGGUUCCUCUCUCCGGCCGCGCCGCGUUCCGGAGUGUCCCCAACUGUCACCGGGGCGUGUUCGGCCCCAGAGCGUCCCCAAGGUGUCCCCGCCGUGUCACCAGCGGCCAUGGAGCCCCGCAAGCUGCUGGAGCCACUGGUGGCUGUGGUGGCCACCUUGGGCGAGGUGGUGGCCACCGUGACCGGGCCACACAGGGGCUUGCGGCGGGGCGUGUCCCCAAAGUCCCUGCACACAGCCCUGAGGAGCUUCACCUGGCACCUCCGGGCCACCCUGGGCCACCGCUGUGUCCCCUCCCUGGUCCAGGCCCUGGCCUCCCUUGGGGCCACCCCGGGGGCCACCUGGGCCGAUGUGAGAGCUGCUGCCAGCACCUGUCGGGAGUCGGUGGCCACACUCGAGCACAGCUGGAUCGAGCUGACCAAGGAGGCCACCGGGCUCCACUACGCCUGUAAGGACGUGGCCAUCGCCACAGGCAGUGCCCGGGCCGGGGACCUGUGGGAUAAGGCCACCUGCUGGGGGACAGCUGGGGACAACCUGGUGGCCACGGCCCGGCAGCUGCCGGUGGCCCUGGACAGGGAGGAGGUGGCCUUGGCAGGGGCCACGCACGAGGCCUGGGUGGCGGCAGCCACCAACGAGGCUGUGGGAGAGGCCAUGAUGGCUACCAGCUGGGCAAGAGUGGCCACCAGGAGGGGACAGUGGGCAGGGGCGGCCCUGGGGCCGCUGAAGCGCUUGGUGGCCGCGUGUGACGAAGCCACCGAGUUCACCUGGGAGCUGCAGUGGCGGCUCAGGGACAUCGAGGCCGACCUGGAGGGGACAGAGGAGGCAUCCCCUGAUGUCGCUGAGGACUUAGUGGCCGAAGUGGCCGAGUUUGAACAGCUGUGGGAAGCCAGCGCCCGCCUGUUCACGCAUCACCUGCUGGGGACACUUGGGGACAUCCACGACCUCCUCUUGAGUCCCUAUGGUGGCCGUGGUGGCCCUGAUGGCCCCAGUAGCCGCGCGGUGGCCGAGCGGUGCCAAAAAGCCAUCGAGGACAUCCCGAGGCUGCUGCAGGGACAGUGAUGUCACCGCUGGGAUGUCAUCGGGGCAGCGACGUCACCGGGGUGACUUGUGGGCACUCAGGUGUCACUGGGCACUGGGACGCUCCCCAUGCAUUGACCCCCUCCCCAAGCACCGGGCCCAGACUCCCUUUGUGCCCCCCACCCAUCUUGGGGAUUCCGCCCCCUCCCCUUUGACCCCCCCAAAGCCACGGGACCCACUGGGAACAGCACCAGGACUGGGGGGACCCCGAGCGCCAGGGGGGCACAGGGGGAUCCCCAGCACCGGGGGGGGGGUCCCAUGGGGCUCAGUCUUGUCUCCCCCCGCUAUCACGAGGGUCCCCCCCACCCCAUGCACCAGGCCCCACACAUUCAUCCCCCCCUUCACCGAGCCCCCCAAAGCGCUGGUACCCCCCCAGUCCAUGCCCCCCACUCACCUCCCCUCCCCCAUCCGUGUAGCCCCCCCCCACCCCCCCCAAUCACCAGGACCCCCCAAUCCAUGGGACCCCCCCACACUCACCAGGACCCCCCUCGGCACCCCCCGGGCCCUCCCCAUUGAUUGAACCCCCCCGAAACGCCCCCCCCGCGCCCCCCCCCGGUGGGGCCGGGCUGGCUCCACCCCCGGGGCCGCGGCUGCUCGGAGCCUUUCAAUAAACGCGGAUCGUCUUCUA